GUCGCCUCGACGGCGCAUAUUAUCUGCUGUCCUCUCCAGUCACAUUUCUUGAACCUUUGCUGAUCAUUCUGCAAAACAUUGAAGGUCUACCCGCACAAUCAUGCGUGCCUCAACCUUCCUCACUAUCCUCUCCUCCUUAACAGCAUCGCUCGCUGUCCCCCAAUCUCGCAACAGCCAGCCCCGACACGUUCGCAAAGUCAGCAUCCGUCAGGAUCAUGUUCACACAGAGCCAAUCGUGAUCGUGCCACGUACGUAUGGUGACGCAGCCGCAGGAUACGAAGGCUCGAUGCCUCCGGCUAUGGGUAUGGCGGAAGGUGCAUGUGGUGACCAGGGCUGCGGAGGAGAGAUGGCCGCGCCACCAUCUAUGACCUACGAAGCCGCUCCUGCUAUGGAGAAAACGAUGAUGGAGUCAGCCCCUCCUCCCGUAGAAACGACGAUGAUGCACGAAGCAGCCUCUCCUCCCCCACCAAUGGAAACGAUGCAGGCGAUGGACAAGAUGGUCACGGAGAUAUCCGAUAUGAACAGUUGCAUGCAGAUGUGUCAGGCUCACUUUGGCGGUGGCAUGAACGAGCCCAUGGGGAUGGGUGAAACAGGCUCAGGCCAAGUCAUGGUCAAUGAAUCUGCACCUACGGCCACAGAGGCGCCUGCAGCUGGUAUGACCCACACAAUCAUCGUUGCGCCGACCAAGGGAGUCUUGAGAUUCGUACCGUUCGCCGUGACUGCUCAGAAGGGUGACAUGCUGCACUUUAUCUGGGGUGCUGGACCUGUGAGUGCGCAAUCAAACAAUAGGACCCAUCUGACGCGUUUCGUCGAUCAGCACUCGUCUACCCUCAGUCUUGGAACGAAUGUCUGCAACAAGUCGACUACUACCGACGCAUUUGACUCUGGAAAGCUCAACGCGUCGGCAACCUUUGACACCAUGUUCACUGGCGAUACCUCUUCACCUCAGUUUCACUACUGUACGGUCGGUAAACACUGUGCGAGCGGCGUGUUUGGAGUCGUCAAUCCACCCACGACAAACGUCACCAACGACUUGACCAAUAUGGCUACUGCCACUCUGACAGAAACUGCUCCUGCACCUGGAGGUACAGCGGGAAGUGGUAGUGCAGGAUGUCAAGGAAACAGCAUGGACUGCUGGAUUGAGCGAUGGAUGCAGGGUAGUCCCGAGGCUCAAGCUACGGGUACAGCUGUCAAAGAGGCAUGCAGCUCUCAACCUGCCGCUUGGUCGUGGGGAGGCAACUUUGACAUGUCGACUGUCGAGUCGGAGAGUCUGCCGAGGAAGACGAUAAUCGAGAAUGUCAUGUAUACUCGACUGAUGAUGUCGAUGAACCCUUCCAUGCUUCAACCUGGUGUGAUGACCUCCGAUAACUUUACUGCUCCACCUGAUCUCAACUCGUUUGUCGCCCAAGCCACCGGAGUCAACUCGACGGUUUCAACAUCAGCUUCGCCAGCAGGCAGCUCGGUGUCAUCCUCCAUAUCUGGCUCUGCGCCGAGCUCGACUGAUAGCGCCGCAGCUGCUCAAGCGGAUGCCGCCAAGGCUUCUGGAGAGGCCUAUCCUCGUGUGUCCCUCGUGUCCUCGGCCAUGUUCGGCCUCGUCGGUUUGAUCGCUGCUUGGUUGGCUUAAAUGGCUUUGCUCUUGUAGACUAAUUGUAGACUAGGAUCUGUCUCCAUCGGGACAUCUGACCGACCUUUUGCUCAUGUACUGCAAUGCUGGCAUUG